CCGCGGCGAGCACCGUGUGCAGCUCUAGUUAGUUCCCGGGUUACUUCUGGUGGACGGUUCAGACUUUUUGCUCUGUGGCAUUCAUAAUGAGUAAUAUCGAGGUGGAAGAGGAGGAGGAAGAAGAUUACAUGUCGGAUGCCUUCAUCAGCUCCAUGCAGGAUGUGAGACCAGGAGUCCCUGUUCCAAGGAGAGUCAAAGAAUCUUACCAGAAGGAAGAGAAGCAAAAGGAAAGUAAUGUUAAGAACAGACAGAAGAGCUUGAAAGAGGUGGAAAAUGAAAGAAGAGAAACUGUGCUCAAUGAGGCGCUGAGCUAUGAAAACAAGGGCUUUGCGUUACUUCAGAAGAUGGGGUAUAAAAAAGGUCAAGCGCUUGGCAAGAAAGGUGACGGCAUUGUUGAACCGAUUCCACUAAAUAUUAAAACAGGACGCAGCGGCAUUGGCCAUGAAGAGAUGAAGAAACGGAAAGCAGAAGAAAAUCUUGAAAAUUUCAGACAAAAGAUUCAGAUGAGACAACAAGAACAAGAGCGAGCUGCUGAUGACUUCAGAUUGAGGAUGAAAAGUAAGAAAGAAGAGCAGAAGCUGGAAGGUGACCUUAGGAGAAGCCAGAGAGCAUGUCUGCAGCUUGAUGAACAGAAGAGAAUAGGCUUCCCACGAGAGGCCUGGUAUUGGCCUCCCACCGAAACACAAGAAGAUGAUUCAGAAACAGAAGAGGAUGAAGUGAAGGAACAGGAACUAAGUACACUGGAAAAGUUACAGAUUCUGACCAGUUAUUUAAGAGGACAACAUUUAUAUUGCAUCUGGUGUGGUACUUCAUAUCAAGAUGAAGAAGACAUUGAGUCAAAUUGUCCUGGGGACACAUCAGAAGACCAUGAAUGAGACUUCUUGGUGACAAUGGACUGGACAUUCAGUGGAUUAGAGAAUAUACUAUUUAAUGACCCAAUGUACUCUGAAACUGUAUUAACAUUACUGGACUUGAGCUGAUAUGACGCAAGUUCUUUUUAAGUUUUGUUUCCUUUUUAUGCAUCCUUCAAAAGUGUAUGGGACCACUCCUGGCCGUUAUCUAUACAGUUAUCUGUUAGAUUUGUAUACAGAAGUUGUAUGUGUAUUAUUUAUUAAAAUGAUUCCAUCUCAGAUUUAGUAUUUUUCUAUUUUAUAAUAACAGUAGAUGUUGAUUUGUAGCUGUAUUUCUAUAUUAUUAUACAAAAUGUAAAAAAAUUGGGCAGCAUGAUUGAUAUUUUGCCUUCUGUUAUAUGGAAUCUGUGACGGAGACACCUAACGAAACCUCUGACACAGUUGUAAACAUGGCAGACUUUUUUCUAUUAAAAAGUACAGCAGAACAGAAAUUUUUAUGAUUUCUAUAA